CAGAGCACAUGAUUUGGUCCCUUACAAGUUGUUUAUUCACGUUCCCCACGUAGACCACUCGACUUGAUGGGGCUGUCAUACCCUUCCCGCCUUCAUGGUAAGGCUGUAGAGUUUGUUCGUGGAUUGCAGGACACCCACCAGCUGGUGCAUACUAACCUGGAGAAGGCAGCGGGCAAGUACAAAAAGGUGGUUGAUAGGAAGCGCCGCCAUGUGGAGUUCUACGUGGGUGACUAUGUGUGGGCGAUUCUGACCAAAGACCACUUUUUCGCAGGAGAUUAUCACAAGCUGGCGGCCAGAAAGAUCCGGCAAGUGGAGAUUAUUGAGAAGAUCAACCCCAAUGCUUAUUGUCUCAACUUGCCCAGUCAUAUUCGUACCUCGGAUGUCUUUAAUGUCAACCACCUUGUUCUGUUUGUUGGCGAUGACUCAGACGACGACCAUUAGAGGGCGAAUUAUGUCCACCCCAGAGAGGAUGAUGUAGUAGAGGAGGUAGUGCACAGAUUCCUUGAGCAACACGAUCGAGUACGGCGGGCUGCGGGGUUGCGGAGGGACGUAGCAUCCGUGCAAGGAAUUUGGUUUUCUUUGUCAUUAUUACUUUCCGUAUUCGUUUGGGUUUGAAAUCCUAUUAUUAGGGUUGGCCUCCUCCCAUAAACUAUAAAUAUUUGUCGUAAAC